UCUCUCUAGAACACACUUAUACCUCACAGGUCACCACCAAUACAACGGCUCCACCAUGGAACCACCGUACAAGGCGGUGGUGACAAUAAUGCUCCUCCUUGACCUCUUCUUCACAAACCCAGUUGUUGUAUCAGCCACCUGGUGCGUAGUGAGAAGUGAAGCCAGUGAUCAGGCCUUGCAGACUGCCAUGGACUAUGCAUGUGGGUCUGGUGCGGACUGUGCACCCUUACAGCCCUCUGGGUUGUGUUUUCUUCCCAAUACCAUUCAAGCCCAUGCUUCCUAUGCCUUCAAUAGUUUCUACCAACGAAAGGGUAGGGCUCCUGGCUCCUGUGACUUUUCUGGCACCGCCACCAUUGCCAAGACUGACCCAAGUUAUGGAUCUUGUGAUUAUCCAUCCUCUCCGAGGUAUGUAAUUUCCUUUUAUUUCAUUUUCUCUCUCUUUGUUUUGUUCUUUUUUACUCUAAACCUUUUCUAGAAGCAUGAAAUUUUCGGUAUAUCGUAC